AUCCGAGUUGGCCCCUCGUGGCUCUACGUUUAUGAAAACAUUAUGUUGAGAGAGUGUUCACUAAGAUGGCGAAACCUUAGGUUGUUUAUUGAAAUGGAGUGUAAAAAUUUUGUCAAUGUCGACUUCAAAAGUGUCGGUAGUCUAUUGGUUAUAUUGGUGUGUCAACAGUUAGUGAAUAUAAACUUCUGGUAGAGUGAAAUAACUUGGGAAAAUGCGUGAAUUCAAAGUUGUGGUUCUCGGAUCGGGUGGGGUUGGGAAAAGUGCUUUGACUGUUCAGUUCGUUUCUGGAUGUUUCAUGGAAAAAUAUGAUCCGACCAUCGAGGAUUUCUACCGUAAGGAAAUUGAAGUGGACAACUCUCCCUGUGUGUUAGAAAUCUUGGACACAGCAGGUACGGAACAGUUCGCCAGCAUGCGCGACCUCUACAUAAAGAAUGGACAAGGGUUUGUCGUAGUGUAUAGUUUAACAAAUCAUCAAACCUUCCAAGAUAUCCGCCCUAUGAAAGAACUCAUUACCAGAGUCAAAGGUACCGAAAGGGUUCCCAUUUUACUAGUCGCCAAUAAAGUAGAUUUGGAGCAUCAGAGAGAGGUAGACUUCGCGGAAGGAAAUAGCCUUUCUCAACAAUGGGAAUGUCCUUUCAUCGAGGCGAGCGCCAAGAACAGAACCAACGUGAACGAGGUUUUUGCAGAAAUAGUCCGUGAAAUGAACUUUAGUCCCGAAGAGAAAAAGAGACCUUAUUGCUGUUGUACCGUACUUUAAUAUCGGCACUAAUUCCAUUCCUCUUCAUUGAAACAAUGUGUCACAACAGCCGACACUAGACUUGCUUUGUGUUACUGUGAACAUCUGAACUCAUGACUGUCAUUUGUUAUACCACAGUUUAGCUCCCCAGGACAAUUACCUACAAUGGAUUUUUUUACUGUAAAUGCUCAUUUCUAGUAUACAUACUUCAAUGGCUUAGAACUGCACAAUAUCUAUAUUUUUAUACAUUGAACAAAAUCUUCAUGAAAAUGCAUAACAAAUGCAUUUUAUUUGCUAGUUUUUUGAACUGAAUCAUAUCUACCCUAAGAUCUAUUGAUAGUGCCUGAUAGAAACCUGCGACUAAAAACGCAUGAAUGGUAGGAUGGUGGUACUACUUUUGGCCUAAGAAAUCUGUUUUAGGAAUGGUCAACUUCCAGUCAACUAACACAUAUUAUGGGCCUACCAGUGUAUUCGCUAUGCGAAUAUCCAACUAUAUGGUUUUGUAAAUGUGAGCUCAUACUGUAUAUAUUUAUAUUAUGUUAUAACAACUUUAUCAAAGAUCUGUGUUUGUAACAUAGAAACUUUUUUCAAUCAAAAAGUGAUGUGUGCUUGAUGAUGCGUGCUUGUAGAACUAAUACAUGUUUUUGUAAGUAAAAAAUGUUGCCGAUAGGAUGUGUGUUCUGAGAGCCAAAAACGAUUUGUGAUAUAUACGUAUUAU